AUGGCCUCUUACAUUCUCAACGCUCUCACCUUUCGUCACGAUCAUGACGCAGCCGAGAGAACUUUACAUCACUUUUGGGAUACGAAGGAUCUAUUCGACUCUGGCCUAAUAGAAGAACACAUUGCAAGUCAACCAUUACUGGCUGCCAGUCUUUUCUCACUCAUCGCCUGCUCCAUCGGACUCAUAAUCUUUGCAAUAGUGUUUCUCGUCUGCAGGUUUAGAGGUCAAUGUGGAUCACAGAAAUAUCAAGAAUACCCAUCAAAUUCUACCAACUAUGCAAUAUAUCUAAUGCUUUUCUUCAUUUCCUGGCUUAUUGUGACCUCUGCAUCCGCUUAUUUUGUACUCGCUGGAAUCGGAUUUUGGAGUGAAAAGUUGGAUGCAAGGAAGCCGUUCACCAAUGCUUCUUUAAGACUCUCCCGAAGCACUAUAAGCGACCUGUUUGCCAGUUAUGACUACCAGGGAGACUUUGAAAAUGUGUCGGAGACACCGAAGAAGAGUUUGAAAAGGAUUCAUAUUCAUCGAAAACCACUACUUCAAACAUUCCGAAAACGAAUUGAAAUCCCAAUUCGACCAUUGGCAGAAGUCACUUUUUCUGGAACAUCUGACAAAUUUAUUACCAAAAAUCGACCGGUUUUAGAUUUGAAUUCAAAUAUGAAUGAGGUGUCCGAGGAAGAAAAAGUUGAUGACGUCAUAAACCUACCUGAAUCAUUUGUUUCUCGCCAGUUCCCCACCGAAGAGGAGAUCAAAAAUCAAGUCCAAGAGCAUUCUGGAAUCCCAGGCAUCGCAGAAAUCUUUGGAAACUCUGAAGAUCCAGAAGACUCGACAGAAAGUCCAGGAGCUUCAGAUGAAAAUAAUGAUGAUGACAUGGAUGGAAAUCAAUCAUUGGUAGUGACUGGAGGGACGAUGACUAUAGAAGAGGAUUCAGAAGACGAUGAAGAUGUUGAGAGUGAGGAGACAACGGCUACGACUACAAGUACGACUUCAACGACUACUACAGUAUCACCUCCAACGACUACAGUAAUCACUACAACUACUACAAAAUCUACAACUUCCACGACUACAACACCUAAACCAACAACAACAACAACUUCAGCCUCGACAACAACAACAACAACUACAUUCAAUCCUACAACAAUUUCUACAACUCAAGUAUUUCCGGAAGUCAGCUGGAAACAGAUCGAGGAGACAAAUUCGGGCGACGUCCUCGACCAACUCCUAACUCACGCUGAAAAUCACCCAGAACUGCCUGUCGACAACAGUUUGGCCUAUAAUCCAAAACUGACAUAUUUCAGUCUCCACUCUAGAUUUUUAGUGUUUGUCUGCAGAUUGACAUUUUGUUUUGUUGCUCUGGCUCUAGUCUUCGUUGUCCUUCCAACAUUUUUUCUUGUGGUUGCUGGAACUGGAUGCUAUAUUUACAGUGAUCAUCCGAUGAAUAGAAGUAGUGUUUCUAAUAAGAUUGGUCAAGUCAUCUCCAUCAACGCUUCAAUCUUCCUUUUUAUGUCUCCUUGUAUGCUUAUGUUCUCCAGUUUCACCCUUUUCUACACUCAUUGUCAUGAACUUCUCUGUGCUACAAUCCAGCUACAAAACCAACAAGCCAGAGGACUAAUCGACACGAAUCAUCAGAGUCUCAUCGAGAAUUAUUCAAUCAAUACAAAUCACUGCGCUCGAUCAUUGGCACCUGUCCAAUCACUUCUUCUAUCAUCUCUUCUGUUAUGUAUUUCAUUGCUUCCAUGUGUGUUUGCAAUGUUUAAAUUGGUCAAAUACUACUUCCGAAUGAGUAGUGAGUUCUAUUGGAAUGCUGCGGAUAACUUUGCGGGAAGACAAUUCUCCAAACAACAGGAAUUCCCUCGCUACCAAAGUACAGUAAUCUACCCGGAUGAUGAUAUGACGACUGGAUAUGCAGUUUAUGGACAGAUAUAA